GCUCCACCACCGCUGCAACCAGGUGGCUGGAGUCGGGACGCUGGAAAGCGACUCGGAGGAGAGGGUACUCGCAGACGGCGGCCGCCGCCACAGCGAAUCGCGGGGAGUAGCAACCAAAGACGGCGGCCGCCGCACCAGCCAUCGCGUGUGGAGGAUAAACGGCCGGCACGGCCAUCGCGGCGACCAAUCCAGGGAAAGAGUUAGCGAAGGCCAGGGCUUUAGUCGUAGCGAAGACAGGGAAAGAAUCCGUGAAGGCAGCGACCACCGCUGCAGGGUACCGACGGGAAGAGCAAGUGAAGAUGUCGGCUUCUCCCGCAAUGACUCGAGAAGGGUCAGUGAAGACCUGGGCCACCGUCGCAGUGUCUCUCAGGAGAGAGUCAGGGGAGACGGUGGCCACCGUCCCAGCAACUCUUGGGAGAGAGUAAGGGGAGACUGCAGCAGCGACGUGACUUUAAGUGAAGUCGGAAGCCACCCCACUAGUGACUCCGGGGGAACGGUCAGAGGAGACCGCGGCCUCCGUCUCGGUGGGACUUGGGAGGGAGUCAGGGAGGUCCGGGGUCCCCGAACCAGCGACUCCGGGGAGAGAGGCAGUGACGACCACAGCCGCCGCCUCAGUGGCUCUUGGGAGGGCGGAAGUGUGGAUGGCGGCCGCAGCCUCAGCGGUUCUUGGGAAGAGGGGGUGAAUGAAGACCGCGGCUACGUGACCAGCGACUCCUCCGUGGUGAGCGUCAGCGAAGACGCCAGCCGCCGCCGCUUCUGGGAGAGAGAAAGCGAAGACGAAGGUUCCCGCUGCCGGGGCUUCUGGGAGAGAACGACGGAGGACGGCGUCCCCGGGCCUAGCGACGACGAGAAAGACAGCCGCUGCUGCACUGGCUCGUGGGUGACAGCGAGCGAAGACCGCCGCAACAGCAGGGGCCUGGACUCGACUCCUCCCCGGAGUCCGACGGGUCGCACCAUGUCCGGGGUGUCCGGUUCAGGCCCCUCCACCUCCUCCACGGAGACUGCGACCCCGUUAGGUGCCAGGAAGAAAGUGCAUUUUGGUAGCAUACAUGAUGCAGUACGCGCUGGAGAUGUAAAGCAGCUUUCAGAAAUAGUAGAACGUCGUGCCAGCAUUAAUGAAGUGGACGUUCUCCAUACAUUUACCCCUUUACAUUGGGCAGCGCAUUCUGGCAGUUUGGAGUGUCUUCAUUGGCUCCUCUGGCAUGGAGCUGAUCUCUCACAAGUAACGGUGAGAGGUUGGACAGCAGCUCACAUAGCUGCAAUCAGGGGACAGGAUGCUUGCAUGCAGGCUCUUAUAAUUAAUGGAGCCAAUCUGGCAGCUCAAGAUGAUCGUGGAUGCACUCCUUUACACCUGGCUACAACACACGGACAUUCUUUCACUUUACAAAUAAUGCUGCGAAGUGGAGUGGAUCCCAGCGUGACUGAUAAGAGAGAGUGGAAACCUGUGCAUUAUGCAGCUUUUCAUGGGCGGCUUGGCUGUUUGCAACUUCUCAUUAAAUGGGGAUGUAGCAUAGAAGAUGUGGACUACAAUGGAAACCUUCCAGUUCACUUAGCAGCCAUGGAAGGCCACCUUCACUGUUUUAAAUUCCUACUCAGUAGAAUGAGCAGUGCCUCCCAAGCUUUGAAAGCCUUCAAUGAUAAUGGAGAAAAUGUAUUGGACCUAGCCCAGAGGUUCUUUAAGCAGAACAUUUUACAGUUUAUCCAGGGGGCUGAGUAUGAAGGAAAUGAUCCAAAAGAUCAAGAAACUUUAGCAUUUCCAGGUCAUGUGGCUGCCUUUAAGGGUGAUUUGGAAAUGCUUAAGAAAUUAAUAGAAGAUGGAGUAAUCAAUAUUAAUGAACGUGAUAAUAAUGGAUCAACUCUUAUGCAUAAAGCUGCUGGGCAAGGCCACAUAGAGUGUUUGCAGUGGCUAAUUAAAAUGGGAGCAGACAGUAAUAUUACCAAUAAAGCAAGGGAGAAACCCAGUGAUGUGGCUAAGAGGUUUGCCCAUUUAGCAGCAGUAAAGCUAUUGGAAGGACUACAGAAAUAUGAUAUCGAUGAUGAGAGUGAAAUUGAUGAAAAUGAUAUUAAGUUUUUCAUAAGACAUGGUGUUGAGGGAAGCACUGAUGCCAAGGAUGAUAUAGGUCUCAGUGAGUUGGAUAAAACAGAUGCCAGAGUGAGAGCUUAUAAGAAAAUUGUAGAAUUGAGACACCUCCUGGAAAUUGCUGAGAGCAACUAUAAACACUUGGGAGGCAUAACAGAAGAUCUAAAGCAGAAGAAAGAACAGCUUGAGUCUGAAAAGACUAUCAAAGAGCUGCAGGGCCACCUGGAGUAUGAACGACUACGCAGAGAAAAAUUAGAAUGUCAGCUGGAUGAGUAUCGAGCAGAGGUGGAUCAACUCAGGGAGAUGCUGGAGAAAACUCAGGUUCCCAACUUUGCGGCUGUGGAAGAUGACUCUUCCUGUGAGUCAAGCAAAGAGAAGAGGCGGGUGAAGAAAAAGGUGUCUUCUGGGGGAGUUUUUGUGAAAAGCUUGCAGGAUCUUGAUUUGUGAGCCCGGGGUUAGGAGGAAGCUCCGAGUCCAAACCACUGGACUAAUAGAGAACCUCAGACCUCAGGGAAUAUUUAUCAGAGUGAGGUCUCACAGAGUUCCUCAUCUCAGC